AUGACGGAAUCUUCAAAACCUGACCUGGAGGUUCUUGGAUUCUACGGACAUGGACCCGCCUCAUUGUACAGGGAGUUCAGCAAUUUCUUCGAAUCCCCUGCGUUCGGUUUUCGUUUGCCAGCAUUUGCGCGACAUGCUGGCUGGGACGAAGUUGUGUCCUGCCGUUUUUCGGAGAAAGCGAUCAUGUUGAUGAAGGCAGCUCUGAUGAACGACAAGGCAAGCUUUGACAAGAUAAAGGCUUGCAACAAGCCUGCGGAAGCCAAGGCACUUGGCCGCAAAGUUGCGCCUUUCGAUGCUGCCAAGUGGAAUGAACACGUCCGCGAGGUGGCUUUCGAGGCAUGCUUGCAAAAGUUCGCUUCCAGUGAGGAGCUCAAGAAGAAGCUCUUGGACACGGGCGAUGUGGUGAUCGCAGAAGCUACGACGAAAGAUAAGAUUUGGGGCAUCGGUCUCGAUGUUGGGGACGCGAGGGUGCAAAACCCAGCUCUCUGGCAGGGGCAGAACAUCCUAGGUGAGGCUUUGAUGAGGACCCGCGAGCACUUGCGCAGCAAGGUGGAGGCAUCAGGAUCCUCUGUAAAUACCGGCAACGAAAGGACCUCCCAAGGUGUGGAGGAGCCGCCGAAGAAGCGUGCCAAAGGCUCUCAGCCACCGACUGCGGAGUAG